CAGGCAGUGAGUGGCUGCGUGCCCUUUCCUUCCCUUCCCAAAAAGCAAGGCACACCUGCCACCCACCAACCAACCACCCACCACACACACACACACCCAACCAACAUUUCUUUACAAGACAGAGAGGGGACUCGUUCUGCAGUCAUCCUCUCAACCACCCCACCUUCAUCAUUCCGCCCACAAGGCUUUCUCCCCAUUCUUUUCCUUCUUUGAUACCCCUUCUUCUCCGUCCAGCAGCAAGCACUGCCUGCGAAUUUUCCUCCACCUUUCACUCCACCUCCGCACAUCUUUUUCGCGUCUCCGUCGCUGUUACUUCAGUCCGCGGCUACGCAAAAUCAAAGAAGAUGCCUCCCAAGAAAGCUGUCAAGGAGGAGAAGGUCCUUCUCGGAAGGCCUGGAAACAGCUUGAAGAGUGGAAUCGUUGGCCUUGCGAACGUGGGAAAGUCAACCCUCUUCCAGGCUAUCACCAAAUGCCAUCUUGGUAACCCUGCCAACUUCCCUUACGCUACCAUCGACCCCGAAGAAGCUCGCGUCAUCGUUCCCGAUGAGCGAUUCGACUGGUUAGUCGAGCACUACAAGCCCAAGUCCGUUGUGCCCGCCAACUUGACUGUCUACGAUAUUGCCGGUCUUACGCGCGGUGCUUCAACGGGCGCUGGUCUUGGAAAUGCCUUCUUGUCUCACAUCCGAGCUGUCGAUGCCAUCUUCCAGGUUGUUCGAUGCUUCGACGACGCUGAGAUCAUCCACGUCGAGGGUGAUGUCGACCCUAUCCGUGAUUUGGACAUCAUCAGCGAGGAGCUCCGAAUCAAGGAUAUUGAGUUCGUUGAGAAGUCGCACGAGAAGCUCGUCAAGGACACCCGAAGGGGUGGCCAGAGCUUGGAGAUGAAGAAGAUGAAGGAGGAGCUUGCGACCGUGGAGAAGAUCCUCGAGUUGCUCAAGUCCGGAAAGGAUGUUCGCAAGAACAACUGGACACCCAAGGAGCUCUUUGAAAACCCGAGUAACGCCGUGGUCGAGGUCAUCAACCCUCUUUUCCUUCUUACCGCUAAGCCUGUCGUCUACCUCGUCAACCUCAGCGAGAAGGACUAUGUCCGCCAGAAGAACAAGCAUCUUCCCAAGAUCGCCCAAUGGGUGAAGGAGCACGCAGAGGGUGACCCCAUCAUCCCCAUCUCCGUCUCCUAUGAGGAGCGCCUCGGUGCUCUGACCGAGGAGGAAUCUCUAGAAGAGCAGAAGACCGUUGGCGCCAAAUCUGCCCUUCCCAAGGUCGUCAUCACUAUGCGCAAGGCCUUGAACUUAGGUAGCUUCUUCACAACCGGAACCGAUGAGGUCAGGCAGUGGACGCUACGGAACGGCACCAAGGCACCGCAAGCCGCUGGUGUCAUCCACGGUGACUUCGAGAAGACAUUCAUCCAGGUCAUUGUGUACAACUACAACGUGCUGAAAGAGGAGGGUGACGAAGCGGCGGUCAAAGCCAAGGGUAAGGUUAUGACCAAGGGCAAGGACUACGUCGUCGAGGACGGUGAUAUCCUACUCAUCAAGGCCGGUGCCGCCAAGGGUUAAUUGUCUUGACCACAAGACGAACCCACGCUCGAUACAUCAUGAGCUACGAUACCGAAGCACGACAGAAUCUAGAAAUAGCUGUCUUAACUUGUUACGCCGUCUCGGAAGUGUUCCACCAAAUUAAAAGCACAUACUCUGCACGCAUUAAGAUGAGAUGAGAUGGGAUGGAUAUAGAUUUAAAAAAAAACAAAUCGAAUUCACUAAGAUAUCCCACUAUUGGAUUUAUGCGCAUGCUUCUGCCGUGAUGGUUGGAGAGAAAACCAGUAGUCGAAUUUUUGCAUUCAUCUUUACUCUCUGUAUGCACUGUACUGAACGAUGCUACUACUACUUUCACUUCCCCUUCAUAUUCUCCUCCACCAACAUCCAAGCGUUUCCACAGACACAAUGCUUCGCGACGCCAAUCAGCC